UUUUUUCCCAUCCUAUCACUUCUUUCCCUUUUGCAUCGUAACGUCAAGUUCAGUUAGAUUUUAUUUCCCUUUGUCUCUCUCGUCUUUUUUUUCCUUUUUAUUUUAUAUACUGUACAGUGAAUUUUUUUUUUCAUAUGUAAAAAACACCCAUGUGUCGGAUGAAUAUCAUCAUCAUGUCAUCACUAUGUCCGCUCCAUGACUGGAAUUUUUUUUUCUUGGGUGCGAGUAUUAUUUUUGUGGGCCAAGUUCUGUUUUGGGACAAAGCAUCGUUUCUAUCUUCUUUUCCUCUCUCACUGUCAUGUCUAAUAUGUUGAGCCUUGUCGGUCGUCGUAGUUUGUUGUCUACUCGUCCUACUGCACGCUUUUACUCCACCGUCGACUCAGAACCCCCGCGGAGAUCUAACAAAUGGUUG